AAGAUGAAAUCUUUCCCAAGUCAGCCUGGGAGAAUGGGGGCUCCCAGCCUGGGGUCCAAGCCUCCACUCUGCCUCUUAUCAGCUCUGGUGCCUGUGGGCAGGUCAUUUCCUGCACCUCCGUUUUCUUACCCACACAAUGGGCCAAGUUGCAGCCCCCUCAAAGGGCAGCAGGGAGGGUUUGGCAAGCCCUAGUGGUGUCCAGCAAAUGCCAGCCACCACCACCCUAGCCAUCUGCGCUAUGGUUUCUGUGGGCUUUGGGGAGGAUGAGUAGUCGGAUGUGGUUCUCUCAGAAAAUGGGAGCACUUGAAAAGGACCUCAAACCUACGGAGUUUCUCAGCCUGGGAGCCCCCAUCUUCCCCAUGACCUGCUGGCUUCAGGGUGAGGGGACGGGGAGCGAACACCUUGCUGACCAGAGCUGUGAUCGGAGACACAAUGAGCAAGGAAACGGGGUGGGAGGAGCGGAGCCAUGGGGCCCCCAUGCCCCUGCAAAGGCACAAAAUUCCUGGAAAGCCAUUUCUCUGACUAGCUCAGGAGGGGGCCUUGACUGUGGUCAGAUUCUGCAAGGCCAGUGGAAGUUCUUCCCACCCACCUCCACCCCCGAAAAGCCUAGUCAGGAUGUGGCAUGGUGGCCAAGAGCCCAAGCCCAGAUCCAUUGCACCUUGGCACCAAUCCCAGUGUUGUUACUCAGAUGCUGAGUGACCAGGGGCCCCAGCUUCUUCAUCCUUCAAAUGGGGGUCCAUUUAUCCAUCCAAUCAUCAGAUCUAUAUUGUGUGCCUACUACGGGCCAGGCACGGUGGUAAGAAUUUAGCAUCUAUUGUGUCUGAUUCUUAGAGCAUUAGAUAGGUAUUGCCAGGUAGGUACGAUUAAGCCUGGUUUUGAACAUUGAGCUGUUUUUAAUGAGCACGCUCCAUGCAGGUUAGGGUUUGGGGCCUUGGAGCUGGAAUGAAUAGAUUGGGUGGGGAGCGGUGCCAGGAAGGAGACAUGACCUGAGGAACUCAGAUGCGGGUUUGGGACAGCUCUGGCUCCCCCCUCGCCCCUGUUGAGCCCCAUUUCCUGUGUGUCAGAAGCUGGGGGAGCUCUGGUCACAGGCUGCCCUGGCCUUGGAUAUGCCUUUUCAGCAUCCUGUUCUGAGCCAAAGCCGCAGCCCCUCUGCCUGGCAGACCGCCAGGCUGCCAGCGGGAGCCUGCUGGGGUUGUCCAGGCACAGUGAAAUGGAUGGAGCCAGGGGGUCUCGGGCACAUUUCAGCUACCGCAGCGGGCACCAUGGCCGUGGACGUGGUGGAACACCACCUGAGCGUCAUCAAGAGCCCACCUGACUGGGAGGUGGGUGUCUACGCCGCGGGGGCCCUCGCGCUGCUGGGGAUCGCCGCUGUGAGCCUGUGGAAGCUCUGGACAUCGGGUAGCUUCCCCAGCCCCUCCCCAUUCCCCAACUACAACUACAGGUACCUUCAGCAGAAGUAUGGCGAGACCUACGCAGAGGCCAGGCAGAAGAGAGUGCCUGCCUGGAGUACCCGUCGGGCCAGCACUCGGGGACCACCCAGUCGCAAAGGCAGCCUCAGCAUGGAGGACACCUUUGAGACCAUCAGCGAGCUGGGGCCCCUGGAGCUGAUGGGCCGGGAGCUGGACCUGGCCCCCUACGGGACCCUCCGGAAGUCCCAGUCAGUGGACUCCGUCAACUCCAUCUCCUCCGUGAGCAAUACCUUUGGACAGGACUUCACGCUGGGCCAGGUGGAGGUGAGCAUGGACUACGACGCCGCCUCCCACACCCUCCACGUGGCUGUGCUGCAGGGGAAGGACCUCCUGGAGCGGGAGGAAACCAGCUUCGAGUCCUGCUUCAUGCGCAUCAGCCUGCUGCCCGAGGAGCAGAUCGUAGGCAUUUCCCGGAUCCAGAGGAACGCCUACUCCAUCUUCUUCGACGAGAAGUUCUCCACCCCCCUGGACCCUGCUGCCCUGGAGGAGAAGAGCCUGCGGUUUUCGGUUUUCGGCAUUGACGAGGAUGAGCGGAACGUCAGCACGGGCGUGGUGGAGCUGAAGCUUUCCGUACUUGACCUUCCGCUGCAGCCCUUCAGCGGCUGGCUCUACUUACAGGAUCAGAACAAGGCCGCCGACUCUGUAGGCGAGAUCCUGCUGUCCCUCAGCUACCUCCCCACGGCCGAACGCCUCACCGUGGUCGUGGUGAAGGCCAAGAAUCUCAUCUGGACCAGCGACAAGACCACAGCGGACCCCUACGUCAAGGUGUACCUACUGCAGGAUGGGAGGAAGAUGAGCAAAAAGAGGACGGCUGUGAAGAGGGACGACCCCAACCCAGUGUUCAAUGAAGCCAUGAUCUUCUCGGUGCCGGCCAUUGUGCUCCAGGACCUGUCUCUCCGCGUGACGGUGGCUGAGAGCAGCAGUGAUGGCCAUGGGGACAACAUAGGCCAUGUCAUCAUCGGGCCGUCAGCUAGUGGCAUGGGCACCACACACUGGAACCAGAUGCUGGCCACGCUGCGCAGGCCUGUGUCCAUGUGGCACCCCGUCCGGCGAAACUAGCAGCUGGGGCAAGGAAGGCCAGGAGGGGCACUUGAGCUGCCUGGAGCCUGGCGCAAGCUCAGGGGUGACACCCUUCUCCAUUGUCCAGCUGGAGCCAUGAAUGCUGGGGUCCCCCGGUGGACUCCCCAUGAGCCAACUCGGUCCCUCGAUCUAGACUGCAGUGGAGAAAGAGCCAGAGUUUCUCCCAUGAGGACCAGCUGUAGCCGGACACUGACCCAUUGUUCUCCCAUUUUGAGAUUCCCCAACCGGUCUGCCCCUCGGCCUGGAGUGACCUUGGCCUCAGAGCUCCUCAUAUCCCACCCUGGCUGGGCGGCCAGCACCACGCUGGCCAUGCACUAGAACAGAGCAGGUCUUGGGGGCCGGGCGCUGUGCAGGCACCAGCAGGCGUGACAUGAACAAGACACAGACCUCUAAGACGCCAGGAAGACAAGAGCCUCUGUCCUGGUGAUCUGCUCAGUGUGAAUGGUGGCUCAGCCAGGCAGGGCUCAGGGGGGUGGGGGGGCGAGGGUACGGGGACUGCGGGACAACAUGGGAGCUAUGGUUUGAGGGACAAGGAAAAGAACUGAGAGUGACCCAGGCAGGCGGCCCAGCCUGAGCAUUAGGGACGUGGGCUUCUCUGCACACAGUCCUCAGCCCACUGUGGUGGACACAAGGGCCUCUCCGGGCAGGAGAAGAGACCAAGAGACCAGGCCGAACAGAGCCCCGCAGGCCACAUGGGACACUGGCUCUGGCAUCAUCCUCUGAAACCUACUCCCUUGAACCAUGACCCUUAGGAGACCCAGAGGUCCGCAGAGGCCCGGACCCAGGCCCUGUGUUUAGUCCCACGCACACCAGGCCUUGGCUCCACGGCAUUUGCUGGAGUCCUUCCAGGCCAGGCCCUGUUGGGCAGAGAUGUCGCAGCCUUGGGGGGGACUGGGGGACAGUGGGCGGCCAGAAUACAGACGGCAGGGGAUCUGUGGGUGAGGCCUUUGGGGGCUGCAGGCCCCUGAGAGGACACGGUGGAUGGAGCAGGAGACCCUUGGGCUGGGCCUUGGAGGGAGGGGCAGUCUGAGCAGUGGCAUCGAAGGACAGUUAAGAGGGGUCAGGACGGACUGUGAGACUGGGAAGGCGGUGGCUCCUAGGGCACGUUCCCAAAGCAGGACCCUGAGAUGAGGCUUCAAGGGCACGGGGUGUCAGGGGACAGCCCUCAGGAGAAACCAGUCGGGGAGAGAGGGAGCUGGGGCAGCAAGCAAGCUGUGGCUUCCAGAGUCUAGCCUCGGCCUGACGGCUUGGGGAAGCUCGGAGUGUGAAUGGCACCCAGAGGGGUCCUGCUCCAAAGGAAAGGGGCUUGGCUGUCACCCCCACAGGCAUCAUCUUUGGCUUCUGCCCCACCCCCAGCGGGAGGAAGGGUCACUGGCCGAGGCGGCUUCCAUCCUCCACAGGCAGCCGUGCACCUCUCAUAGCUGAGGGCUGGGUGUCCCUGCUGGUUCAAAGGGAUGAGGGGCGGGGGGGCAAUAUCUACUCCAUGUGGCAAUCCAUAGGGAGCACAUGGGCUCUUGGGCUGGCUGCCUCUGGCCCUGGUGAGCCAUGGACACCCAGGCCCACUGGUUACCCCAAUGACGUGGCAGGAGAGGGUGGCUGGACCACAGUGGGAGGCCCAGGGUAGCAUGGGGGCUAGAGGCAGGACUGUGGCUCUCCCCAUGUGACACAGCCAGGGCCCGGCACCAGGAGGUCUGCACGGCCCAGGCCAGCAUAGGGUCCGGGGACACACAGCGGGCGAGCCUCUGCAGCCGGGGAGAGCCCAGCCUCUUCCUACCCCAGGGCUGUGCAGUGCAGGCCAUGCUUCCCGCUCCCCUCUCUUCCCUUCCCUCUAACUGCAUGACGUGUUGACUGUGCACUGGGAUGGGCCUGGUGGGGACUGGGUAUGCUGACUGGAAUGAUUCUAGAACCAAAAUAAAGCUGGGGCAGGAAGGAGGGGGCUUCCAGGAGCCCUGCUCGGCCCAAACA